UUGACCAUCUGUGGUAUCACUGUCUUGGUGUCAGCAGCUGAAGUUAUUUCUACAACAUCGGAACUUGUGGUGUGUUGGCCUUGGAAGUUAUUGGAGUUUAUACAGAGAUACAUUUGCGUAUAUCGCAUAGUUGUGUUAUGGAACUGGAUAAAAUGGACGAGAACGACUGGAAAUACCACGGGGAGGGCAACAAAAGCCUAGUGGUUUCUCAUGUUCAGCACGCCAGAGUCCUUCGCCUCCUGAAGUAUUCUACAGAAGAUGUCGAAAACUCACAUAAGACAACAGAACAAGCGUUCCGCCACAUACAGAACAUAGUUGACUAUAGUCAAAAUGUCAUGAAGCCACUGCUGGGGGAGAAAUUCGUCCAUAAUGGAGAGGCUGUGAAGCUCCCAUUAGACUUUGUUCGACAGCUGUCAUUGAAGGUCCAGCAGGAAAGGCCAGAGUCUCGCUGUGACAAAGUGAUGGAUACGUUGAGUGGAUGUGCCUUGUGUCUGCCUAACCUCACCCAGCUAUCCUCCUGCUGCUGCUGCAGCAGAGAACACAGACCUCCUCUCUGUAUAGAGAUUAAGCCCAAAUGUGGAUUUCUACCAGCCUCUAGACACAUUACGAAAGAUAUCAAAAGGAAGGUGUGCCGGUUUUGUAUGCAUCAACAUUUUAAGUUAGCCAAUGGAAAGUGGAAACGUCUGAGCCGCUACUGUCCCUUGGACCUGUUCUCAGGGAACAAACAGAGAAUGUCCCGAGCCAUCAAGCACUUGAUAGAGGAACCUCAGAAUAACUUCAACAUUUUCAAGGGUGGAGAGUGUAUCUACAGCUGUAAUGAUGACGCCGACGUGUUACAGGACCUAGAUGAACUGGCUCAGCAUCUACGGCCGUACUUCCUUCCUAGUGGCAGCCUUCUCAGCAGGCAGCAGUCUAGUAAAGUGGUUCUGAAUGAGUUGAUUCAGGUGAUCGUGAGCGCCCUGUUGAGCUCCUGGGACUGUCCUCGCUCAGGGCAGCUCCGGAAGACACACCUGUCUGAGGGCAGAGUGACGUGUGAUGCCAGCCUGCUGCACCGGGACCUGCUACGCAACGGUAACCACUGCCUACCCAAAGAUUGUGUCUUGGACAAAAUCCUGGGUACUCAGAUGUUGGAUAAUUUAGACAUUGAGGGUUUGAGCCCCCUUCUUAAACGAGUGGAACAGCAUCUACAAAUGUUCCCCAAAGAGAGAUGCAGGCUUCAGAUGGGCGGGCCGUACAAUGCCAGCUUCCUGGAGAAGGUCCAGAACUGUCCCGCGGAGGACGACGGCUCUAUCGAAUACGCUGUAGGGAAGGUCCACCAGUACAGAGUUGCCAUGACAGCCAAGGACUGCUCCGUCAUGGUCGCCAUAGCAACCUGUGGGGAAGACGACGGGUUUGGACGCAGAGCCUUGGAGAUCCAGCCUACGAGAGCGCCUCGCUUCACCUGCUCCGUGUCCAUUCUAGACCUGAGACCCUAA